AUGAAGUUCCUCAAGGUUGGCCGAGUUGCCAUCAUCACCCGUGGCAGAUAUGCCGGAAAGAAGGUCGUCAUCAUCCAGCCGAUCGACACCGGCAACAAGAGCCACCCGUACGGCCACGCACUCGUCGCCGGCAUCGAGCGCUACCCGAGCAAGAUCACACGGAGAAUGAGCAAGGCACGGCAGGAGAAGCGGAGCAAGGUCAAGCCCUUUAUCAAGAUCGUCAACUACAACCACCUGAUGCCGACACGCUACACUCUCGAGCUUGAGGGCCUCAAGGGUGUCGUUUCGACCGACACCUUCAAGGAGGUCAGCCAGCGUGAGGACGCCAAGAAGUCGGUCAAGAAGGUGCUGGAGGAGCGCUACACAAGCGGCAAGAACCGGUGGUUUUUCACUCCUCUGAGAUUUUGA